UUGAACUCUACGCUAUCGAGCUGCGCCUUUCCCACAGGCAGGGGCCCGGGUUGGGCGGGCAUGGCCGUCGGUGCAGCGGCUGCCGCUCGCUUCGUCGCGCUCGCGGCGGCGCUCCAGGCGGCGAGGGCCUGGGAGUGCCGCAGCGACGUGGACCUGGGCCAGGUCAGCCUGGGCACUGCGAAGGGCCUGGCGAUGGACGACACCACGCUGCGCUGGUGCUCCCAGAACGUGCCCAAGGUAUGGCCCAACGCAGACACGGCGCCCGUGUCCUACCUCCGCCUUUUCAAGGCAUGGGAUCCGCUGUGGGAGGAGAGCGACCGCUCUGCAGCCUGGGACAAUCUCAAGGCCUACUGCGAGUCCAACGGGGUCCGGGUAUUAUUUGGCACCCCGCUGUCGUGCGACGAGGAUGACGACGACCAGCAUUGGGAGUGGACCAAGGAGCUCAUGCUCUUACUUGGCGAGGAACACAUCAUGGGACUGGGCAUCGGCAAUGAGCUCGAACUCCUGCAGUACAAGGGCGGAAACGUCACGGAGGAGUGCGUGGAGCGCAUAUGGGAUGGUGGGUACCUCUGGCAACGCUUCACUGCGAUCGUCUCAGAAUUGGACGCCAUGGGGAUGGACAGCGUACCCGUGACGAGUGUGUUCACUGGCGCGGCCCUAGCUGGUGACGGCAACGAGGCCAAGCCCUUCAUGGAGGAGCCAGGCAAAGCGCUCGUCACGACGUUCCUCCGCAAUGCCACUGAGGCGUAUGGCUGGCGCUACACCUUCACGUGGAACUUGUAUCCCUACUUCGACCCGAACCUGCCGCUGGACGCAGGCUCGGAUAGCACGUGCAACGAUGCGUUGGACUUCGCCGCUUGCUGGGGUCAAGACUGCGCUAUGGCUUCGACGACGAGAUAUGCGCGCUGGCUGCAGUUUUUGCUCACAGGCUACAAGAACCAUACGGUGUGGAUCGGCGAGACGGGCUGGUCGUUCCCUAAGUCCGUGACGUUGACCACCCCGCUGGCAGACUGCGAGGACUGGUCCUCCAUGGAGACGUUCCAGACCUUCUACGAGGGGUUCCUGCAGUGGGACCUCACCAUCGAUGUCAACGGCGACUGGCCUCCCGUGGAUGCUGCCUUCUGGUUCACGAUCCGAGACUCGAUGCAGUUCGGGUACCCGGAGAGCUUCGGCCUCGUCGACAGCUGCGCGGCGCCCGACUGCAAGCUGAGCUCCCAGGGCUUCCAGGUGGCCGCGUACGAGAACUUCUCGGCGCCGGACGGCACGGCCUGCCUCGGGCCCGCCCUGUUCGAGGGCUUCGCGGAGAACGGCCGCGACGAAUGCCAGGACCGCUGCACGCAGAUUCCCAGCUGCGCGUUCUACAGCUUUUGGAACUCCACCGAGUGGUGCCGCCUCACGGCGGACUGCUGUCCCGUCGUGGAUGGGGACCCAGUCGUCGCUGUCUACGCGAGGCAGACGGAGAACACCACCGAGGCGUGCCCGACCCCAGCGCCGCCCACAGCGCCGACCCCACUCCGCCCACGGCGCCGACCCCAGCGCCGCCGCCCACACCGCCGACCCCGUCGCCGCCGCCCACUGCCCCGACCCCAUCGACAACGACGGCCGACGUGCCGUCCGCCACGACUCCGGCGGACGCGCCCUCCGUCACGGACCGGGCGCCGCGAAGCGGGGGCGCGCUCGGCGCCGCGGCCUUGCUCGCUGCGGCGGCGUCAGUGUCGCCGCCCUGUUUUUUCACAUAGCUCGCCUUCUUCGCAGUACACUCCAGAGGAGGGCCAUACCCUUAGUGGUUCUCCGCCCAACCGCAGCUCCACGUUGUGCAGGCUGCCCACGUGCCGCAUCGGGCACGGCAUACAGACGCCGUCUUCAAGUUUUGCGUUGCGCGCCAGCCAGAGCAGCUUGCGCGCAGGAGGCGUGCUGGCGUGCCGCACACUCGCGCGACAGAUGCUUGCGCGCCGUGUGCGAGCGCGCGAGGAUGUCAACAUUGUGAUGUGGAGUUUUUAGCCGGAAAUGCGUUUGGAAGCUCCAUAGCAGUGGAGCCAGCUGGGGGUCUGAGGUGGCCCAACACUGGCUCUGGCAAAUUUACAUAACGGUACCUCGAUGAGCUUGCGCCAGCUGUCGUUGGACAGCUGCACGCAAUUGAUGUACGCGUGCCCGUCCUGGAGAGGCUGGACGAACGGGAUCUCGACGAGGUCGAGAUCCGUUGUGGGCGUCGGGGCGGCUGUCGAUGCCGCCGAGGCUGCUCCCUGCUGCUGCUGCUGCUUCUGCUGCUGCUGCUGCAUAGCGCCCAGGCUGCUGGGCGAAGGUCCGCUAGAGGGGACUCGAACAUAAAAAUUGUACCAGAUUUGGGUCCGAGCCGAGGACCGAUUCUGAGCGGCUGUGGCCUCCUCCCCUCUCCUGUGCGAUGCUCUAGGGGCCGCCACCAGCGCAGGCCCCGUGGCCGCCUCCGGCCAGAACGCACACAAUAUAUGAUACAGUCGUACCUGAGCGACACGCUUGCGCGAGCAGACGGCUGCGCGCAGCGUGCUCCUCGCUGCCCGAGUUUCCUU